UAAUGUUGGAGGUUCAAGCCCUCGUACUCUUAAUUAGUUGUACUAAAAAAUCGAAAUUAAUCAGAUGAUAGAAUAUGUGAAUCUAAAUCAUUAGGGAUAAAAUUUAAAUGUUUACAGAUGAAGAGCGGCUAUUUAUUAUAUUUUCCACUCUUCCCUAGGCACCGAUAAUAAUUUAUCCUUGAGCGGGCAGGGUUUGUGUGGCUGGGGAAUUUUACAGCGUAGAGUUGGUGGUAACUUUGGGAGUGAUGGUCCCCCUACCCUACCAGAAGGGGGAUGGACGGGAAGGGGACCCAACAACAAAGCGUAUGGCCACGUGAUCCCCGUCCCUUGAUACACCACUUCCCUAAUUCCUCCUUGUAGAACCGAUUACCAAGCAACCUCAGCAAGUCCCGACCAAAUCGCAAUAAACAAAGCGUAUGCAACACAAUUACUAAUUCUCCAAAAAUGAUAAGAAGAAAACGUAAAAUCCCGACACUGCCCUCUCUUCUCUUCGUUUGUUGUACUGCACACCACUGCAAUCAUGACUCGUAUUCUGCAAUCUGCAUCUUCCCUAACAAGCCUCAACCCAAUAAUAACAACAACAAUAAUAAUAAUAGAGCUCCUUUCAACCAGUGACAAGACAAACAUUAGUGAGAGCUGAGAGUGCCGGUGCUUGGCGUCGGGAAGAGACUGCAGCAGCUUCGCUUGUUCCUCAAGCCAAACCACGCCAUUUUCCUUUUUGUUCUUUCCAAUAUAUCCUUUUCUCAAAAUUUGGUUGCUGAUCUGUAGUUCCGCCAUUAAAAGCUUUCACAGGUGAUUUCCGGGCUUGUUCAUCUCACGGAAAAGCAAUCCUCCCUUUCCAAAAGGCAGGCACUCCUGUCCUCUAUAAAUCCAGCCCCACUUGGUAUUUCUUCUUAAUUAAUUAAAUUCAUUGGACCCAUACUCGAACUCGACUCACCUUUGGCCUUUUGGGGUUUGGUUCCCUCCAAUUCCAAUGGGCAAGGCCAACCACCGCAGGGUCAGGCUUCCCCUUCUCUGCGUCUUCAUCCUGGUGUUGUGUGGGGUGGGGGUGCAUGUAUCCGCGAUGCUUGACCCGCUUGACUUUUUAGCGCUCCAAUCCAUUCGGAAGGCUCUGAAGGACCUGCCGGGGUCUAACUUUUUUGCUUCCUGGGAUUUCAC